AGAGAGUGAGGAGGAAAAAAUUCAAUUGAAUGAAAGAGAAGGGUAGAGGGUAGUGUUUUCUUACAUUUUGAAAGUUGUGUCAUUUGUUGUCUUUGUGUCUCUGGUGGAUUUGACUGACAGUUGCUCAGUCUUUGUGUUUGCUAUUUACUCUUUGGUUUCUUGGAUGCUGAAGGAUUGAUGGAGAUGGAGAUACAACAAAGUCACCCAGCACUGCUGCACACCUGGACACGAGAGCUACACUGACAGAGGUCUGCCAAGUGGUCACGAGAGAGUGGGUGGACAGAGAGAAUAUAGGUGUCCACAUCAGUGUACGUCCUUGGUGCGGCUGUCAGGAGAACCUUCUGGCCAAUCAGGAGAGGUGAGACGCGAGGCGACCCGAUCGUAGAGGGAGAGAUGUUGGGGCAGGGCGGGCAUGCAGCCCUGGCUCUCAUGUCAUUACUGCUGCUGUGGCGUGAAGCAACACCCAUCGAAGUCCCACAAGACCCAAAGAUCCAGCAAGACCUGAAGCAGCCCCCCACUAUAGUCAAACAGUCAGUGAAGGACUACAUUGUCGACCCCAGAGAUAACAUCAUCAUUGAAUGUGAGGCCAAGGGCAACCCGGUGCCAACGUUCUCAUGGCGAAGGAACGGGAAGUUUUUCAACAUUGGGAAAGAUCCCAGGGUGACGAUGCGAAAACGCUCAGGAACCCUGGAGAUCGGUUUCCGUAGUGGAGGACGACCAGAGGACUACGAAGGAGAGUACCAGUGUUUUGCCAGCAAUGACUUUGGAGUAGCUCUGUCCAACAGAAUCCUGCUCCGAGUCUCAAAGGCUCCUCUGUGGCCUAAGGAGGUGCUGGAGCCAAUGGUGGUGACUGAAGGCUCCCCGCUGGUUCUACCAUGCAACCCCCCACCAGGUCUUCCUCCUCCCUUGACCUUCUGGAUGAACAGUGCUAUGAAUUCGAUCCCUCAGGAUAAGAGAGUGUCCAUGGGUUUGAAUGGAAACCUGUUCUUCUCCAACGUUAUUGCCCAAGAUGCUAACACAGACUACAGCUGCAAUGCCCGCUUCUUCUUCACACACACCAUCCAGCAGAAGAACCCCUUCACACUCAAAGUUCAGACCAAGGAGCCGUAUAAUGACACAUCUUACAAUGCCACUGAUCCCUAUGGUGGCCGUAGAGUAGCUGAGUCCACGCCGACCUUCCUCUCACCGGCAGGCAGUGAGAGCUCAAAAAUGGUGCUACGAGAUGAGCAACUACUGCUGGAGUGUAUUGCUGCUGGACUACCGACGCCUACCAUCAAGUGGUUCAAGAAGGGCGGGGACCUGCCAGGACAGAAAGUGAAGUUUGAGAACUUCAACAAGACCCUGAAGAUUAUCAGUGUGUCAGAGGAAGAUGCUGGAGAGUAUGUAUGCAUGGCCAACAAUCAAUUAGGCAGCAUACGCCACUCCAUCUUUGUCCAGGUGAAAGCGGCUCCAUACUGGCUGGACAAACCUACAGACCUGGUGCUAGCCCCAGAUGAGAACGGGCGCCUGGUGUGUCGGGCCAACGGCAACCCUAAACCUAAUAUUCAGUGGCUGAUCAAUGGACAGCCUAUAGACAGCUCCCCCCCCAACCCGAGCAGACAAGUGUUGGUUGACACCAUCAUCUUCCGCUCGGUGCAGAUGGGAAGCAGCGCUGUCUAUCAGUGCAACGCAUCCAACCAGCACGGCUAUCUGUUGGCCAAUGCCUUCGUCAGUGUUCUCGACAUGCCUCCAAGGAUGCUGGGCCCUAAAAAUCAGCUGAUUAAAGUCAUUGAGAACAACCGCACCUUCCUGGAUUGUCCAUUCUUUGGUUCCCCUCUGCCGGAGCUACGCUGGUUUAAGAACGGACAGGGCAGUGGGCUGGAUGGCGGUCAGUACCGUGUUUACAUCAACGGUACCCUGGAGAUCAAAAAGGCCCGAGCAGAGGAUGAGGGCACCUACACUUGUGUGGCCAAUAGCAUUCUUGGCACAACCGAGAACCAGGUCCGCCUGGAGGUCAAAGAGCCAACUCGUAUAGUUCGAGCCCCCGAGCACCAGUCAGCCAUCAGGGGCUCCAUGGCUCGUUUCGACUGUAAGGUGACGUCUGAUCCCAGCCUGCCUACCACUGUGGCCUGGGCGAAGGAUGACAAGCCUCUGUAUCUGGGAUGGAGGCUGAGGAAGGACGAGGAGUCGCUGACCAUCCCCAAUGUGAACGAGGGUGAUGAAGGAACAUACACCUGCACUGUUAAAUCUGAGAUAGACCAGGACUCAGCCUCAGCCCGCCUGACUGUGUUAGAGGAAGCCUCCCUCAACCCCUCAGUCUCUAGUGCCUUGCCUCCAGACCGUCCAGACCCUCCCACGGAUCUGGACAUGUCGGACGCAGCAGCCCGCAGUGUUCGCCUCACUUGGAUCCCCGGAAAUGACCACAGGAGCCCCAUCACAGAGUUCUUGGUCCAGUUUGAGGAGGACCGCUGGGAGCCAGGCAGGUGGCAGGACCUGUCCACUUACCCCGGGGACCUCAACUCUGUCAUCUUGCAGCUCGCCCCCUAUGUCAACUACCAGUUCAGGGUCAUCGCCAUCAACUCAGUGGGCCAGAGUAAGCCCAGCAGCCCCUCACAACGAUACAGGACCAACGGAGCUGCCCCAGAUGCCAUUCCCAAAGGUCUACGGGGAUGGGGCUCCAAGAAGGAUAAUAUGGAGAUCACUUGGGAGCCCCUGCUUGAUCUGGAGAGAAAUGGCCCAAACUUGCACUACAACGUGUGGUGGAGACGGAAGGAUUUGGGGGAAGAGUGGAGUAAUGUGACAACAGUGGGGUCUAAACAUAUCGUCCACAACACAGAAACCUAUGUGCCUUAUGAGAUCAGAAUCCAGGCCAGAAAUGAGUAUGGACUAGGACCCGAGUCUAAUGUGGUCAUUGGAUACUCCGGAGAGGACAAGCCCACUGAUGCUCCCACUGACCUGCGGGUGUCCAGGGUCAACAGCACCAAAGCAAACAUCCACUGGAAGCCUGUGGACCCAAACACUAUCCAGGGAGAAUUCAAAGAGUACAGAUUGUAUUACUGGCGUGAAUCCAGUCUGGUCCCAAGUCUGGUGGUCAGUAAGGAGAAGAAGACCAAAGGUUUCUACAGCACCAUGGCCCAGCCUUCUGGCAUCCUCAGUGACCUGGUGCCCUAUUCUAAAUAUAAGAUGUUUAUGGUUGUGGCCAACAGCCGCUUUGAGGGUCCACCCAGCAACACGGUGGAAUUCACCACAAUGGAGGGAGUUCCUGAUGCUCCAAGGUUCUUCCGGAUCAACCGGAGGAGUUUUGACACCAUCUACUUGGAAUGGGACAGACCACUGGAGCCAAACGGCAUUCUGAUUGGAUACCAGCUCAAGUAUCAGACAGUUAAUGGCUCCAGGGUGGGUCAACCACAGCUGGAGACUUUUCUGCCUAAUGCAACAGACUUCAGCCUCCGCCUGCCGGACCGAUCUACCCGCUACAAGUUCUACUUGUCAGCACUCACACAGGUGGGAGCAGGGGAGGUCUAUGCUGAGGAGUCUCCACACUUCGCCAAUGAGGAAAACUUUACUAAUACAACAGGUCUAGUGGCCCUUGGGCGGAAGAUCUGGAAUCUGACGGUGGAGCCUAACAGUAACUACGCUAACGUCAGCUGGAGACACAACUUCCCGGCCGGCAGCAGCGAGUUUGUGCUAGAGUUCACACUGGACAGCGACAAGACGGUGAAAGUUGUACCAGUGAAACAACAGCCCCCCAUUACAGUGGCGGAUCUGAUCGCAGGCGCCAAGUACCAUCUGAGGGUUUACUCCCAUGAGCUCAACAGCGUCAGCAGCAUAUCUAUCCCCUUUAAGACCAAAGCAGCCUACAUAGACCAGGUAGACAUAGCCACUCAGGGCUGGUUCAUUGGCUUGAUGUGUGCCAUUGCCCUCAUCAUACUGAUCCUCCUCAUCGUCUGCUUCAUCAAGAGGAGUCGCGGGGGCAAAUACCCAGGUGGUGGCUGUGUGACUGGUUUCGCAAAAUAUCUCGUGCGUGACAAAAAAGAUCUCCCCUUAGACCCAGUGGAUCAGAAAGACCAAGAUGGAUCCUUUGAUUACCAAAAUGGGUCAUCUCUCCCUGACAGGAAUGAAAACGAAAACAGCAGUGAUGAGGACAACAAGCCUCUGCAGGGCAGCCAGACUUCGCUGGAUGGCAAUGUGAAGGAAAGCGAUGACAGCCUGGUGGACUAUGGCGAGGGCGGUGAUGGCCAGUUCAACGAGGAUGGCUCUUUCAUUGGCCAGUACACGGUGAAGAAGGACAAGGAUGAGACGGAGGGCAACGAGAGCUCCGAGGCCACCUCGCCCGUCAACGCCAUCUACUCGCUGGCGUAGCCCUUUGGCAGCACACGGGACUCAGUGGUCCCCUUUGAUUUGAGGGUGUUACAACAAACCACAGCACCAUACACCAGACACAAACACACACACAUGAAUAUAUUACUAUAUUAAACACCGUAAACACAGAAGAAAUGCAGCAGGGCCUGUCUGGAGACUGUGUAGACUUUCCUCUGCAAAUAAAGUGGAGAAACACAAGAGUGGAACUAGACCACAAGCCUUUAGUUUAUGUUUCCAGCUCGUAGAAUAAGGCCCAUUUGAGGUGAUAUUUGGACAAAGUGGACAGUGCUCGGUUUCCUCUGCGCUCUGCCUGCCCUUUUCCCACACAGACUUGAAGUGUGCCUUCGGGGUAGCUUUCAGCAUUUGGAGGCCUCAACAAGCAUUAUUUUGAGAUCUUUCUUUGGCUCGUUUCUGCUCUGAACAUUUUCAGCCUCACUGCUCUCCUUCCUGAUGCACCCGUC